AUGACUUGUCUCAUGCAGAUUUCUACAAGAACUGAAGACUUUAUAGUUGAUCCGUUCCCUUUAUGGAAUGAAAUGCACAUACUAAAUGAACCUUUCACUGACCCAAAGAUAUUGAAGGUAUUUCAUGGUGGUGAACACGACAUUGAAUGGUUACAAAGAGAUUUUGGAAUUUAUGUUGUCAAUAUGUUUGAUACUGGAAGGGCUAUGCGUCGUUUGGAAAUGCAAAAGUUCAAUCUACGUUAUCUUGUCCAUCAUUAUUGUGAUGUAUCCCUAGACAAAAGAUAUCAACUUGCUGACUGGAGAUUACGACCACUGGAGGAGGAUAUGAUUGCAUAUGCUCGCUGUGACACACAUUAUCUACUGCACUGCUAUGACUGUCUUCGUGAAGAAUUAUUGGAAAAAGGAGAUAAGUUGCAGAAUCUUCUGCGAGUGACCUAUUCGGACAGCGGCCUGAUUUGCUCGAGGGUCUAUCAUAAACCAGUCUUCGAGAAAGAUGGCUACCAUGGAAUCGAACGCCGCCGAUUGAAUAGCCGACAAAAUGCGGCUAUGCAAGUGCUUUGGUGCUGGCGCGAUCAGGUGGCUCGAGAAGAGGACGAAAGCGUGCAGUAUGUGUUACCCAACCACAUGUUGCUCAACAUUGCUGAGAGUUUACCUCGAGAACUUCAAGGCAUACUCCACUGUUGUAAUCCAGUACCACCAUUGGUUAAGGAGUCUCUACAUGAGCUGCAAAAAAUGAUAUUUAAAUGUCGAGAUUUACCAUUGAUCGAGUAUAAAGAGGAUGCUACUGACGAAAAUUUCGAGGAGAUCCUUCGGCGGAGAAAAAUGCGCGGAAAAUAUACGAAGGAGAAUAUACUUUUCAUAUGCCCUCUUGAUUUUUCACAAACAGAAUUCGACGAAGAAAGCGGAAAUCAGAUGUAUCGAACCAAAAAUGACGAUAAUGCUGCCGUCGUCGAACGAUCUCCUACACACACGCUGUUGUCAGUGUUGAGUUGUGCUACGGCUCUUGGAAAGGAAUCGGAAAACAGCGAUGAUGUCAGGACUAUCUGUGACAAAGUAAAUUUGAAUGUUUCAAUCUCCGUUUAUUUUUUGGUACUUCUAAAGUUUGAGAAAUUUCUCUAUGAAUUUUUUCAUAAGCAGGACAGUGAUUUCUAUGUUUGAAU